GCUUAUUUUAUAUUUAUCUUAGUUAUUGUAGUAUCAAAGAUCAAGCUCCAGCGUUUGACUUAGCUAUUCAUUUUGUAGUUCAUUGCUUUUUUAGUUUGUCAAUUCACGUCAAAAACAGGCACCAUGUUUUCUUCAUGGUUCAGUUUUCGCGUACUGGUGCAUGACUGAACAAUGCGGGGUUCAAAUGUGUCAGAAUUUACACGUUUGUUGUGUGACUUGCAUUGACAUUUUGGAAACUGACAACAUUAACCAUGAAUUACCAAAAGGCGUAUAUGAACCAGAUUUUCUCCAGCUCCUUGAUGGGACAGGUGGCAGAAAUGUGGCGCAAUCAGUUCCUGUGUGAUGCUAUCAUUAGAACAGGGAGCACAGACACCAAGGCCCAUAGGUUAGUACUAGUUGCUGCCUGCCCAAUGCUACAGACGAUGGAGAAUGCAGCCGUGGGUUCGCAUCUAGAAGUCCGACUCUCAGCUGAAAUCAAACCCGAAUCAGUUCAAACUUUCUUGAAGUAUUUGUAUGAGGGCUUUAUGAUGCUGACUGGGGACAAUUACAGAGACAUAGAAAAAAUAGCCAAAAUACUGCAAGUGGAAAGUGUUGUGCGUUGUUGUACUGACUUUAGCAAGUGCCUCAGUGAAAAAACGGGUGUACCAUGCGAGAAAAGGUUCUCAAUGAAUGAAAACCCGGAGUCAGUGUAUGUUAGGUCAUCAGAUCUUUUAAAAGUGCAUGACCCAGUGAAGCGGCAUUCAGAGGGGGAAACAGUGUCCCCAGAAGGAGAAAGAAAACGACAGAAAAUGAACAGACCCACUCCCCCUCCACCUCUCCUUCUGCCCAUGCACAAUAUAGCAAACAGUGAGAGGGUGCUGCACUCUGUAGAUAUGUCAAGGAGCUCUGACACUGAUAGAUCAUUAGGAAUGAUAGAGGCUGAUUAUUCUCAGGGGAUUCAAACCUCCAGCUCAUCCACAAGUGAAGUAGAAAUUAUGAAGGAUAGUAUAGAAAUUGUGCAUCGGGAACCACCUGAUCCUAAUAAUAUCAACCAAUCAGAGCCUCCCAUACAACAGACAAUGGCUCUUUCAGUGGCCAGUAGAGUUUCAAGUGAUCGUAAUACACAAGUUGUUAAUAUGACAACCGUUCUACCUCAUUCCAGGUCAUCCUCCACACAAAAUCUUCACAUUCUAGGCUCACCACAUUCCUCCUCUCGCAAACCAGAGGCAGCUCAUUCCAUGGACUCUGAACCCAGGACCCCUGAAACUCACAAAAAUCAUGAUCGACGACACCUUCUUACAGGAGAUUCACAUUCCAGAUAUCACCAAAGACAGAAUUCCCUUGAGAUGUCACAACGCAAACAUGACUCUUACCCAUCAAACUUACCUUCCAGUGAGAUACUGGGGUCAAAUCUACACGACCAGAGCGCUAAGUCAGUCUCCUCCCCAUCUGUCGCUCCCCCUCAGCCUUCAUCCCCAUACAGACCACCAAUUUCAAUGCCACUUCGACAUCCCACCUCAUCCCAGAUGCAGAAAUCUUUCAUUCAGCCCAUGUUCAGACCAGGCAUCCCAUUUGAUGGACGACCAUUUGCUGGUGUUCCAAUUGGUUCCUUACGGCACAUGGCAGGAGGAAUUCUGCCUCCGUCAUUAGCUCCUCCUCUCCACAUUUCAUACAACAUUGAAGACAGCAUCAAAGAUCAUGGAAGUAGUUCCUCUGUGCCUAAUUCUCCUUGCACUCCAAGUGUGCCUGAUCUUUCUAUCAUAAAAACUGAGGAAUCGCGGGAGAAUGAGGAACUACACAUCGACAUUCCAGAGGAAAGUGCUUCAGGUACGACAACACCACACAACAACACUGAGGAAGAGCCCCUUGGUGAUGACAGCAGUAAUGCAGGAAGUGAAGGGGGGUCACUCUGGCAAGAUAACUCUGUCAAAGCCCAGUUUUCCCACGAUAAGUAUCAGCUCUGGGAGUUUAUUCGGGACCUCCUCCACGACCCCAAGUAUAACCCCUCCAUUAUCCAAUGGGAGAACAUCAUGGACGGGGUGUUUCGGAUCGUGGACUCAGCAGAGGUCGCUAGACUGUGGGGAAGAACGAAGAAAUUUACCAAAAUGACCUACGAUCACAUGGGAAGAGCGUUUAGAUACAGCAAGACAAUGGGUUAUUUCGCAGAAUUGCCAAAGGGGGCAGGAUAUCCAAAGAAGCUCUGCUUUAAGUUUGGACCAAAGGCUCACAACUGGUUACCCUUUCCAAAUAUGGAAAGUCCGUUGAACCUUGUGCUAAAACCAAAGACCGAGAGCAAACGGAAAUCUACGGAAAAACGAUCCAACGAUUCUGUCCACGAGAAAUCCAGUGGCUUUAUUAAAGUUGAUGAAAACAAACCCGAAAAGUUUCCUCAGAAAACCAGCAGGAAGUCUGGUGAGCGGUCCAUGUCGGGAAUGUUUUCAGGCAAACACCGUUAUGGUGGUAAACCUUUGGAUUAUGGAUCACGUGAUCCCAUAUAUAAUGUACCGUCUGGUAACGAUGGGAAACUGUUCUCAUCAGAACGGCAAUUAGAUGUUCCUUAUAACAUUCCAAGCAUUAUAGAAAAAUCGGAAGAAGCGUCCACUGAUUAUUUGGAAGGACCAAACUUCAGGGACCAAUACAAAGACAGACGACAUUCUGUGGAGGAAGCGGGUCAGGAAUCCGAUAGGUUGCUGCUAUUAGCCCGAGCUUCUGUAGCAGAGUCAACAGCUACGUCACCGCGGACGUCAUCAGAGAAACAGGGCACGCUAGAUUAUAAAGACCAAACUUAAUAAUAGCUUUAUUGAUUACUUUAAAUUAUUUGUAGAUCUCUGAUUUUUUUUACUACAUUCUGUUUGGGUAUUUCUUACAUGUCUUCGUUGUUUUGAAUAACUUGUAGAUUUUGUGAUUAGAUAGACUGUUUGGUUUUGCGUGAUGUUUCCGGGUUUUAUGAUUUUUUAAGAUUUUGAUAUAUGUUUAAUAAGCUGCGGACCAGUGUGUGAUAUGAUUAUAGUUAAUUAUUCAGAGUUUUCUAUUACAUGUACCUUAGUUAUACUGUCUACAUUCCUUGAGUGCUUGCGUUAGAAAUUAUUGUUCCUUUGAGUUUUCUGUUUAUAAGAAAGUAUUAACGAUGUAGGAACGUAACAAUUUUCUCAUAGAGAGAAACAAUUAAAACGUUAUACAAGAUUAUGCUUUGUUUUGUAUCAAAUGAUGCCGGUCUCGGAAUUAUUGCUCUUGAAAGGACGUCUGCUACCUAGAUAAAAGCAGUCAGCUCCUUGUUGAGGCAGUGAUAAGAAGAAAAACGACCUUCCUUAACUUUUGGCUUUGCAGUACUGAUUAUUUAUCGUUGUCAAAAAGACUUCGAUUUUGCUCAUUAGCAUGCACCAAUACUGCCAGCCUAUUGGUGCUGCAGGAUGUCGGGAAAGUGAGCGUCACUUGUGACGCUUCCGCUCUGAUUCAGAGGGCAAUAUGAGUAUUAUACACCGACUCGCGAUGCAUGUCUCACUGUUAACUGAUUUUCAGAGCGUAUCGUACAAUACUAAAGUGAUGAAGUGGACGUUCAGAUAAGUCGUUAUUGAACAUGCUCCGGAAUAGGACCGCUUCCCUUCAUAUUUUGACCAUUGAUGAUAUCAACUACAAUUUGGUCAAAGAUUUUUGGUGGAACAUAGCGUUUUGUUUAUUAUGUCUCGUUUUCGGAAUUGUUGGGAAUUCGAUAGUGAUCCUGGUGUAUCACACGAAGUUAAAGUCAAAGAUAGAAGAGAGAUUCUUUAUUCCAAUCUUAGCUUUCCUUGAUCUCCUAGCUUGUGUCAUGGUGUCCGCGGUGAUGCUUGCAAAAUCAUUUUAUCCAGUAAAGUUUCAGAACGAAUACACGUGUAAAACUUUAACCUAUUUCGGAUUCUCCACGUCUUCCAUGGCCCUCUUCAUGCUGGCGAUUAUUGCAUUCCACAGGUUUCAGAAGAUCGUUCGGCCUUUCGGAUACCAGAUGAGUCUCAGGGCCAAACAAUACACUAUUCUCACCGUUGGAAUCAUAUCAUAUAUACUGUUCUCACCCGUGUUCUACGUGUAUGGAAUCCGAGAAGUCCAAAACCCCGUGACGAAUAUUACGUAUUCUACUUGUUCAGCCCCCAGUAAAGGCACGUCGAGACGAUCCAUGUUCGUGUUUCAGGGUAUAUUAAUUUGUAUUUAUUUGAUAUCGAUAGUAUCCAUGGCCAUCAUGUAUUUUUUUGUGGCUAGGACUUUACGGGCGAGGAUACGAGCAUCCCGGAAACGUAAAGAAAUUCACAGUUCUCAAACUCUGAACAGUGCAGUGAUCGUUCGAAUGAAUGGGUGUGCCAAAACAAAUGGUUCUGAAGCCAUAUCUAAAGAACAACAGAUACAGGAGCUGAUAAAGACGCCAUCAAUAUCAGAAACGAACGAUACACUUCAACUCCGGCGCAAGAGCGGCCACAAACGAAAGGGCCAUUUCUCUUUGUACAGGUACUCCUAUAUAUUCAUGAUCAUUACCAUUAAAGCUAUAUUGUCUUACGUCAUUCCUUGGAUUUUGGUGAUUGUGAAGUCUAACGACAAAAGUCCAUGGACGGAGCUAAAUCAACGCCUCUUUAUUCUACGUUAUCUUUACAUACUUAGUCACAUCACAAACCCAUUUAUAUAUGGACUGUUGGAUAAAACAUUCCGUAAGCAACUGAAAAUGGCUUUGUAUGAAGGUCGUUCCCAACAGUAUAUCAUGAAUGGUAGUGGAAGCAACUGAAACUGUCGAUGACAUACGGAGAUAUGCGAGAGCGCCACUGUGUAGUUGCUUUAAACUUCAGGGUUGUUGGCAUGUUCCUCUGAGAGAGAGCGUAUUGAAGAUUUCUGGUACAGCAGCAGACUCCUGCCCUUAGGCUUGCCAAAAAAUAAAAUGAACCUCCAUCUUCCUUUUCUUCUGUACCAUGUGUUCUGCAUCACAUGGUACGCACUGUACCAUUCGAAAUUCCCUUGUGUUUUGAACAUCCAUGUAAGAGAAAAAUAUCAGAAUUCCACAGAAAUUUUAAAUUUAUUAAGUACGGCAUGUUAAACUAGUUUCAUCAAAAAGGCAAGAUUGUAAAAGAUGGUAUUUUCUACAACAUCCUAAAGGAAAUCAUUUGAAUUCCGUGUAAUGUCAUGGUUCUAAUUUACGGUGCAUUUCUGGAAGAUAUUCAAAGAAAAUACAAAUUUUUAAAUCUAGGAACACGACUGGCCUUAAAACCGAUUUUUCAUUUAAAAGGAGGUGGUGGAGUGCAGUAAAGGACAAUGACCGAACUACGAACGGAAGUCCUUAAUUGAUUUCAGUCAUGAUCGUAUUGUUGAUCUCUUGACAAGACAAAAGAAGAGACACUGAAUUUCCCCCAAGAAACCUCGCCUUUUAUCUUCUAGUGUACAUCUUUUCUGGUUGCCUUCCGAAUUUCAGCAUUCGUUGUAUUAUUGAUUGUAAUUUCUAAAGGAACAACUUAUCUUAAAGUUGUGACAGGUUUGAGUAACUGUAGUGUAUGAAGUACUAACGGAUGUAACCCAAUAAAACACUUACACGGACUG